GGCCCUCAAGCCAGGCCAUUUGUUUUUGAGGUUGGGAAAAUAUAAACAAGAUUUAAAUUUUUUUGCCCUUGUAACUUGAAAAAUUGCAAUAAAAGUAAUUUUACGAAAAUAGAUCAGAAGUAUUGACAAUUUUUAAAGAAAAGGUCAAUAUUUCCUUCCACCUAGUUGUGAAAAAAAGUAGUGAAUAAAUUAGAGACACCAGAAGUUUGUGAUUCAAAAUGCCUAGUUGGGACCUAAUUCAACCUCAGUUAAGGUCCCUAACAAAUCCGGUUGUGUUCUUUGAUGUCUCCGUAGGAACCACUGAAAUUGGUAGAAUGAUAUUCGAGUUAUUCGCUGAUGUAGUUCCGCUAACUAGCGAGAACUUUAGACAACUAUGCACAGGAGAGUACAAAAAGGAUUCUGUUUCUUUAGGAUACAAGGGCGCUGGCUUUCACAGAGUCAUUAAAGAUUUCAUGAUACAGGGUGGAGAUUUUGUGAAUGGGGAUGGUACAGGUGUUAUGAGUAUAUAUGGAACAUCAACAUUUCCAGAUGAAAAUUUCACAAUAAAACAUGAUGGUCCAGGAUUACUUUCGAUGGCCAAUAGUGGCAAAGAUACUAACGGAUGCCAGUUUUUCAUUACUUGUGCCAAGUGUAACUUUUUAGACAAAAAACAUGUUGUGUUUGGUAGAGUUAUUGAUGGUCUCUUAGUUAUGCGUAAAAUUGAGAAUGUCCCUACUGGGCCUAAUAAUAAACCUAAGAUACCAAUAACAAUCACACAAUGUGGUCAGUUAUAAUUUUAUUUUAUGAAAAGACUUACAUUUUCACAACACAUAUUUUAACAAUACUAUCUUAAUUCAGGUGGAUUCAUCUUAAAGUCUUUUCAUAAACUAUAAUGAGUUUCCAUGAACUAACAACUCAUAAGAAUAUACAAUUUUACUCCUUUUUUAAUUUAAUUUUUUAACUAUGUAUUAUGAUUUUGAAAUAAAACAAAAUUAAUUGUUUCUUCUGCA